UCAGCGGUACUUUUUCGAGGAAAGGAACGCGCUGGGCAUUCUGGGUAGGGCACUUUCACGCCAGCCAUAUUGUUCCAUCGUCCUGACUGAAGGAGAGAGGGGAUAUGAAGGGGAUUCGGGGAAUCAGUCAGCUAUCGAGACGCUUCUAUGCAGCUGCCAGAACAGGCCAGUCCCUUGCCCAGCCCCUGGCUGGCCUCAAGCUCUCUCCAGGGGCUGCCCACUCCUACCAGGAUGUCCAUGUGACCAGACUGCCCAGUGGACUGGUGAUUGCCUCCCUGGAGAACUAUUCCCCAGCCUCCAAGAUCGGUGUGUUCAUCAAGGCCGGCUGUCGUUAUGAGACCCCAGACAACCAGGGGGUCACCCACCUCCUCCGGCUGGCCUCUAGCCUGACAACCAAAGGAGCUUCAGCUUUCAAGAUAUGUCGUGGUGUUGAGGCAGUGGGAGGCAGCCUGAGUGUGACUUCAUCCAGAGAGAACAUGAUCUACACCGUUGACUGCUUGAGAGAUGACAUUGACACAGUCAUGGAGUAUUUGAUCAACGUGACAACAGCCCAGGAGUUCCGGCCGUGGGAGGUGUCAGACCUCACGCCCAGAGUGAAGAUGGACAAGGCCCAGGCUGCACAGAGCACUCAAAUAGGUGUGGUUGAAGGUCUGCAUGGGGCUGCUUACAAGAAUGCUCUCUGUAACUCCCUGUACUGUCCUGACCACAUGGUUGGCAACAUCCAGUCUGAACAUCUGCACCAGUUUGUCCAGAACAAUUUCACAAGCUCAAGAAUGGCUCUUGUUGGACUUGGCGUCGACCACACAGUGCUGAAGCAAGUUGGGGAGCAAUUCCUCAACAUUCGCAGUGGGGCCGGCACCACAGGGGCCAAGGCUCAGUAUCGUGGAGGUGAGAUUCGUCUGGCCAGCACCAGCAGUAUGGUCCACUCAGCGGUGGUGAGCCAGUCAGCAGCAGCGGGCACCAGCGAGGCUCUGGCCUUCAGUGUCCUGCAGCAUUUACUGGGAGCUGGUCUGCAUGUCAAGAGGGGCUCAUGCGCCUCCAGCAAACUGGUCCAGGGUGUAGCCAAGGCAACUGCUGACCCCUUUGAUGUCAGUGCUUUCAAUGCAAGCUACUCUGACUCUGGUCUGUUUGGGGUCUAUACCAUUUCCCAGGCUGCAGCCGCUGGUGAUGUGAUUAAGGCUGCUCUAGACCAGGUGAAGGCCGUUGCUGAUGGUGGAGUCACAGCUGCUGACCUCACUCGGGCCAAGGCCCAGCUGAAGGGGCAGUUCCUGAUGUCUCUGGAGACUUCAGAGGGUUUUCUGGAGGCCAUGGGCACUCAGGCUCUGACCGACGGGUCCUACUGCUCCUCUGAGGAAAUCUCCAAAAACAUUGACAACGUCUCCUUGACCGAUGUCGCCAAUGCUGCCAAGAAAUUUGUGUCCGGCAAGAAGACUAUGGCAUCCAGCGGCAACCUCAUAAAAACACCCUUUGUGGAUGAGAUCUAAAGCCCUCCUCAUCAGCUCGUACUGUACCUAACUCUGACGGCAAAGCAGAAUUUGUUUCCUCUACAUGUCCAAAACAAGGAAAAAAAGCAGAGGUCAUCAUCACCUUUUUGAAAUGAUGUUAUUCUAAGAUAUAAUGUCAUAACACCACUGGGUAUUUAUAGGUGUUGUAACAGUAUAUUUUCAGGUGAUGCUGCUCUGGUGCAUCAACAGUGUCGUGCUCCACUCAUCUCGCCACAUCAACUGUAUAGCUCAUGUAAAAUAAUGAAUAAAUUCUAUCUACCUUA